GACAAAAUCCAUCAUGUCCGAGGAAGUUCCGAAGAAAAUCUUCCGCCAGGUGCUCAAAGGAGUGUCCUACUGCUCUCGCACGAUGAGUCGAGCCACCUUAAGGGACAUCGUGGCGUACGUGUACCUUAAAAAUGGCCGCGAAAUCACCACUGAAGAAGCGUCCAACCUCACCAAAUCCGCCCUCGCUCAACUUUGCAACAGUGGCCUCAUCCGGAACUCCCACAACUGCUACCAGCUGCACGACGCCCUGAACUUGAGCCAACCCGGCCCGGUACGACGUAGGACUACGCGCUCCACCCGACGAGGAGCCCCCAUUUGA